CAAGGUGAGUGAAGCUAACUCAAAAAAAAAAAAAAAAACUCACAUAUUUUGUCAUUUCUUUCCUUUUGUUUGUUUCCCGAGAAAAUCCCAAUUUUGGUCUGUCUGUUUUUCUUGCUUCUGCUCUAACAUUGAGUAAAAAUCAUUACUUGUGUAGAAGUCCAAUUUAGAGAUCAUGGGUCGAGGAGUUAGCAGUGGUGGGGGACAGAGUUCUUUGGGUUACCUUUUUGGGAGUGGAGAAGCUCCGAAACCCACCACAAAUGGCAAUGUCACUGGCCCUAGCACUAUCAGUGAAGUUCCUAAGACCCAGAAUGAGGUUGCUGAGGAAACCCCACAGAAGUCCACCACUGCAUCUCCACCAGCAGAUGUUGCUAGGCAGGUUCCAGCAGGCAUUCCGGGGAACAAUGCAAACAACUACUUCCGUGCUGAUGGUCAGAAUAGCGGCAACUUUCUUACGGUGGCCACAGCAAAUCCUUUGACAAAUUUCUCUAAACAGGAUCGGCGCACAACAAAGGUUCAUGCAGCGCCUGGCGGUGGAUCCUCCCUGGAUUACCUGUUUGGUGGCAACGGGAAGUGAGGCUUUGGAACCGCUGGUUAUGCUGUCCUAAAGUUUGGGGCGAACAAUAUAUAAAUCUUGUUACAUAAUGAAGACAUUUUGAGUUGUAGUGCGGGUUUGGUGGUUUUAGCAUGUUGGGUUCUUUCCAACAUUUUAGACUUUGGGAAAGCCAAAAUUAAUGGUCUUCCUAAACGUAGCAACUGCAUACUGUCAGUUGACCAGACUUAUCUAAUCCGUCCAUUUAAUAUCAAAUAUAUUAUGUUGUGAUUGCUAAUUA